CUCACCGCCAGCGACGGGCGAGAGCCGCCCUCGCUGUGAAGUCUGAUCACUGUCAGCGUGACUUGUCGACUACAGACGUCACCUCGUCAGUCGACGCUCGCCCGUUGAUGCCCUCUUGUCAUUAUUCUCACUCACCGGUCGCUACGAGUGACAAUCAGAAUGGCUUCGCUUGCACGCGUCGCACGGACCGUCGCUUCUACCUCGCCCUCGAGGCUCACUGCUUUGAAUACGGCAAGAGCGUUUUCUACCUCUCCCACUGUGCAAGAGGACGUUGAAAAUGUUACUGUCUUCGGCGCCGGUCUGAUGGGCGCGGGAAUUGCGCAGGUUCUCGCACACAAGGGUGGCUAUAAUGUGACGCUGUCCGAUGUAACAGACAAAGCGUUGGCAAACGGUCAAAACAUCAUCUCCAAGUCUCUUACGCGCAUCGCAAAGAAGUCCAUGGCUGACGCUUCUGCCGACGAGCAGAGUAAGUUUGUCAAGGGAGUGGUGGACAGUAUCAAGUACUCGACGGACGCAAAGGGGAGCGUGAAGGAUACAGAUCUGGUCAUUGAGGCGAUCGUUGAGAAUAUCGAUAUCAAGCGACAACUGUUCGAGCUGCUCGACAAGGAGGCACCGCAAGAGGCGCUAUUUGCCAGCAACACAUCCUCCUUGGCCAUCAAGGAUAUUGCCGCUGCGACAAAGCGGCUCGAUCGCUUUGGUGGUUUCCACGCCUUCAACCCGGUCCCGCAAAUGAAGCUCGUAGAGAUCAUCAGGACGAAUGAGACGAGUCAGGACACCUUUGAUAGUCUCAUGAGUGUCGCAAAAAAGAUGGGAAAGGUACCUGUCGCAUGUGUCGAC